AUGACUGAUAUUUAUGAAACUUCUAUGCAAUUAAAUAUGUAUGAAGAAGAUUCUAAUGAAGAAACCACGCUUAAUGUUUCAUCGCAAGGCUUGGUGAAUAUUCCGAAAAUUAAUAACAAUUUUAUAAGUGUAAUAUAUUUACAAAAUAACAAAUUAAAAAUCCUAUCUAAUGACUUUUUUCCAUCUUUGCCAAACUUAAUGUGGCUUGAUUUGAGAGAUAACGAGUUAUCUGAUAUUCCAAAAUCAGUAAAAAAUCAUAGGUCACUAAGUCAUCUGCUUCUACAAAACAAUAAAAUCACAUAUUUACCGAAUGAAUUAGGUACUGUUUUGACUCUGAAAGUACUUCAAUUGAGCGGAAAUCCUAUUAAAAAUCCGCCAAGAGAUAUUUUAAACGCGGGAACUGCUAAAAUUUUGACGUAUCUUUACGAUAAAUAUGUCGAUGAAAAAUUUGAAGCUGAAACUUCGCAAUCCGACAAAGUAGGUCCUAGUGUUGACUGUGAAGAUAAAUUUAUAAGUGGAGGUCGCAGCUACAAUUCCGUGUUAGACGGAGACAAACUACAAUCACAUAAAACUUUAACAGUGCAAUUUAAUGAAAAAGACAUCUACGGUGAUUACGAAGAGAUACGAAAUUAUUCAAAAGUAAAGGGAAAAUGUCCUAAACUACCAAGAAGCCGCACUAAAAUAUUACCGCAACACUGUCAAAGUGCUAAAUAUCUUAAACCAGUUUGUACUCUCCCUAAAAAAGUACAGGAUGAAAAAAUUAAAAAAACUUUCUUGAUGGACAUGGCUUUGAAGAAGCAAAAAGAUCUUAUGGCUAAGAGAGAUAAAAUAUUGCAAGGGAAGAGGAACAUCGAGCUACUUCGUAAUUGGCGUAGAGAAUAUAAAAAUAAACAAAUCACAUUCUCAUUAGAAAAUAAUUCCUUUAAAAUGAUCCCUAAGAGCUAUCCAUACGACACAAGUCCAGAAUACAUGACGCUACUUAGUCGAGAAGACAUUGAAAAAGAUUUACCUGAUAAAUAUAAGAGGAGGUUGUACAGAAAGUGUAAACCUACAGUUCCUAGGAAGAACAACAACGAUGUUCAUUUGGCUAUGAAGAUUAAGCAAUUGUUUGAGAACUUGGAAGCAAUUGAUUUGAAUAGAGAAACGAUGUCUCCGAGAACGGAGCAGAAAGUGCUUCUCGGAGAAAUACAAAAGAUAUCAGAAAUCAAACAAAAAUUAAUGGAACUCUCAACAACAAACACAAGAUCGGUUGCUGAGCAUAAUGCAUGACGGUUUCCUGCUGUAGUCAACA